GCAGAAACAAAAAAUGCAGUCUGUGUUUUUUCAUGGAAACUGGGCUCGAGUUAUCGAGGCACUUUAUUUGACCACUCUCAAAUUCUCCGGUCUUCACCCAACUUUAUAAAUCUCUAAGCCUUCUUUGUUCUCCACCAUUUUUCCCAUUCCCCAAUCCCCAACACAGUUAAUUCCAAUUCCAAAGUUUUAAUCUUUGAAUCAUUCAGACCAAAAAUUCUUCGCCAUUCAAAGCAUUUCAGUGCUUCCUCUGUCCCCGAUUUCGUAUAAAAACAGAGGUUCCACACCAAAUCCCACUCACAAUUUCAUCCUGUUCCCUCACCAAACUUCAGAAUCGAAACAACCCCAUUUCGAUUCUCCUUCAUUAAUUUCUGGGUUUCAUUCCAAUUUGCCGAAAUCUUGCGAGCUCCCAUCCAUGGGGUUAUCCCUGUCCCUGCUGAUUUCAGCCUGGAAACAGAUUCUGGACCAAGGGCUCUUCAUAAUCUGCAACAAUUCGAGCUUCUCUCCAAAAGAAAAGGCUCUGAUUUUGAAAUCGAACAGCUUCAAGAUUACAGAGCCGGAAGCAGCCAAAAACAGAGCUCUGAUUUUGAAAUCUAGCAGCUUCAAGAUUUCGGAGCCGGAAGCAGUGAAAAACAGAGCACCCACCGGCAGAACGAAACCGAACAGUUUGAAGGGGAACAAGCCGGAGAUUCUGGAGACCAGUUUCUCGUUUAAGACUGUGAUUAAUCAGGAUGCGGCGUUCAGCUUCCCUGUUUCGGCCGGAAAAUAUGCCAAAUCGGCGGCUUCUCUGCCGGAGCCGGCGGUUCUGUACUCGCCGAGGCCGGUGAGCGAGCUGGACGCGGCGGCGGUGAAGCUGCAGAAGGUCUACAAAAGCUACCGGACGAGGAGGAAUCUGGCGGAUUGCGCGGUGGUUGUGGAAGAAUUGUGGUGGAAGGCCAUCGAUUUUGCCAAUCUGAAGCGGAGCUCUGUUUCGUUUUUUAACAUCGAGAAGCCGGAAACCGCCGUGUCGCGGUGGGCCAGAGCCAGAACAAGAGCUGCCAAGGUUGGAAAAGGUUUGAGCAAGGACGACAAGGCCCAAAAGUUAGCCCUGCAGCACUGGCUUGAAGCUAUUGAUCCACGCCACCGUUAUGGCCACAAUUUGCACUUGUACUACGACGUCUGGUUUGCAAGUGAGAGCAAUCAGCCAUUCUUCUACUGGCUGGAUAUUGGAGAUGGGAAAGAAAUCAACCUCGAGAAAUGCCCAAGAGCAACUCUGCAGCGGCAAUGCAUCAAAUAUUUGGGUCCAAAAGAAAGAGAAGCUUAUGAAGUAGUGGUGGAAAAUGGGAAGCUGGUUUAUAAACAGAGUGGAUCCAUUGUGGAAACCAAAGAAGGUUCCAAGUGGAUAUUUGUUCUGAGCACUGCAAGAUCCUUGUACGUUGGCCAGAAAAAGAAGGGCCAAUUUCAACACUCGAGUUUUCUCUCCGGCGCCGCCACCACCGCCGCCGGCCGGCUGGUGGCCCAUGAUGGGUUCAUUACGGCAAUUUGGCCGUACAGUGGUCAUUAUCACCCCACUGAAGCUAAUUUCAAAGAAUUUCUCAGCUUCCUUGAAGAAAACCACGUAGAUCUCACCAAUGUCAAGAUGUGUGCAAUUGACGACGACAGUCAAUACAAGGCCGUCGAUGAGGAACAGAAACCGGAAUCACGCGAGGUUUCCUCCAAAUCUACACCGUUGGAUGAAAUCAAAUCGACAGCUGUCGUAGAAUCAGGAGAGAAGUUCACAGUCGCCGUGCCGGCGGUGGAGCCGAAGAAAGACGACGGCCGGAAGGUGGAGGAAGCGGGCGUUAUUUAGUUUGUUACAUCAAUUCUUCUUGUAAAAAGAAUAAAUUUGAAAGGAAAUCACAUACAUAUUUAUCUUU